GUAUAUGUAGGAGGGUCUUAUGGGACCCCUAUAACUCCUGGGCCCCCCAUCUGUCCCAUUUUGUUUCCUGGAAAAAAUCUUCACAUAUAUUCGUGUAUUUUUUUAGACUUUUUUCCACUGCACAUAUUGUGCUAUUUUUGGGCUACUGACUGUUGAAGUGCCUCAUGGCUAGUUUUUGGGCUGCUUGUGUAGCUGGUUUUCAAAAGGACACCCGGCAACCCUGCUUAACACGAGCCUGUGCGGAGAGAGAGACGCGGAGCUACUGAGCAGCCGCGGAACCUGCUGGAGAGAGAGAGAGAGAGAUGGGCGCGUCCACCAGUGCGGAGAAGGAGGGGGGAGCCGGCUCUGAUUCGAACACUCUGCUGCUGCUAAUCUGCACAGUAACUGCUCCCCGUGCUUACGACGGACUGGGACUCUAUUCCCGACCCCGGGGGCGCCCGGCUGCACUCACACAGGAAACUUGGAUUUUGGUUUCAGCCAUGAUCUUCACCAGUAUUGACCAGUGAAUACCGCCAGUUGUGCCUGAACCUGAACAUUCUUUUCUAUACGGUUUGGUCUCUGGAGGUCUAUGAGAAUUGGUUGUGUCGGGCCCCUCGUGUCUGACUAAGUGCCAUUUCUUACCAGUGAAUUCAAUCAGAACUGUACCCCGGGGCCGAUGUAGAACUGAUGGUUAACAUAAUGUUCAAAGCCUUGGAUUUCAAUAAUGCCCAUCACUCAGGAGAACGCCCAGCUCUACCUCGCUCUUCUCCAUCGUUGGCUGCAGGACAAUGUCGGGGAGGAAAGCGAAGAGCCAGAGAAGCGCCUGUACCUGGCCGCCAUACACAAACUGACGGAAUACAUACACUUCAAUUUUACAUUGGAUGAAAGUGCCUCCAAGUAUAACCAGGGUGCCUUGGAUAUGGAAAUCUGCACGGUGUACUUAACCAAGGGUGAGGAUGAUGAUGUCCUGGGUCUGAGCUUUGGAAAUAUCCCUAUAUUUGGCCAUGGUGGGGAGAAACGCAGAGGCGGGAAAAAGAGGAGGGUGCAGAACGGACCAGUCGUUGACGUGGGAUGUAUCUGGAUAACCGACCUAAAAAGACAGAGCAAGGCGGCCAAAUGUGGGAAAAUGAGACUUCGGGACGAGGUUCUGUCUCUCAAUGGGCAGCUCAUGGUUGGGGUAGAUGUCGGCGGGGCCAGUUACCUGGCUGAGCAGUGCUGGAAUGGCGGAUUCAUCUACUUGAUCAUGUUACGGCGCAUUAAACGUAAAGCUCCUCUUCCUCCUUCACAUGGCAGCCACAGUAGCACUAGUGAACCCAAAGCCACUUCAAGCUCACAUGCGAGUGCAAGAACAACGCAAAAUGGAAAGAGGACCCGGAAGUUUGGGGUCAUCUCCAGGACGUUCAAGGACGACAAGGAAAGCAAAGACAAUGAGGAGACUGUGCAAGAAAAUCAAGAGAAUGGACAUUACUCCCCCAUGGAGAUCGAUGGACCUCAUUCAGCCGACGAGGCUUCAGGAAUUGAUGGGGACAAACAGGGGACGUCUCAAAGCACCGAUGUGGAUGUGCAGCAGGACUAUCAGCUCCUCAAUGGGGACCGGUCCGACUCUAGAUCAAGUGAUCACCCUGCACAGAGUGAAGGCUGUUGCAUAUGGAAGAUGCACAUGCUAAAGGGCGCUGAUGGGCUGGGGAUUCAGAUCACUGGUGGCCGAGGCUCAAAGAGGUCCCCACAUGGAAUAGUGGUGGCACACGUGGAAGAAGGUGGAUCAGCUGACAGGGACGGCAGACUGAAAGCCGGGGACGAGUUAUUAAUGAUAAAUGGGCAGUCACUGGUUGGACUCUCUCACCAAGAAGCUGUAGCUGUUCUGAGAUCCAGCGCCGGCAUUGUACAGCUGGUCGUUGCCAGCAGAGAGAGCUCUAAUGUAGACUUCUGCAAAUAUCCCUCUACGAGUUUGCCAGAUCUGGUGAGCGCCUCAUCUGCUCAGGAUGUCGGCCCUUCCUCUGAUGACAAGGAAAAUGAAGAACCAUAUGUUGAAGAAGGAAGGGACUACAGCACGUCACCCUCCCAUCAGGCUGCUAUGUCAGAAACUGAGAAACUCAAAGAAAAAAGAUCUUCAGAGGUACCCAAAGGCGUGUGUCGGAGUCCCACUCUGGGCAAUAGUCUUCUGAAGUACAGAAGCCGCUCCCAAGGGAGUGGCAGUCGCCUGGAAUCUGUCGGUGAAGACGAUGAGCUUACAGUGGCCAACGGAGAUUCAUACAGAGAUAAUGGAGAUAAAAUAUCGCGUGGGGGUCGAAAGCAUUCACUGCCACAGCAGCUGGACUCCAUAGGAUCAAGACAGGAAUACAACAUUGUGAAGAAGACUACGAGAUCUCUAAGCACCGUGCAAGUGGAAUCUCCUUGGAGACUUGCCCAGCCAUCAAUCAUCUCUAAUAUUGUGCUAAUGAAAGGCCAAGGAAAGGGCCUUGGAUUCAGUAUAGUUGGUGGACAGGACUCAGCCAGAGGGCGAAUGGGGAUCUUUGUAAAAACAAUUUUCUCCAAUGGCGCUGCAGCUGCAGAUGGAAGGCUAAAAGAAGGGGACGAAAUUCUGGAGGUUAAUGGGGAAUCUCUGCAGGGUUUAACCCACCAAGAAGCGAUUUACAAAUUCAAGCAACUGAAAAAGGGUGUUGUUACCCUGACGGUACGGACCAGACUGCGCAGUCCCAGCCUCACCCCUUGCCAAACCCCCAUCAUGAUGAGCCGUUCCAGCUCCCCAAACUCGAAUAUCAGCCUUGGAACUUCAAUGCCUGGAUCUGAAGAUGGAGAUUCUACCUCUGGGUGUCGUAAGGGCCCGGGGCCCAAGGAUCGGAUCAUCAUGGAUGUGGCACUUAAUAAAGAACCCGGAGUGGGUUUGGGAAUCGGUGCCUGUUGCCUUACACUGGAAAACAGCUCCCCUGGGAUCUAUAUCCACAGCUUAGCACCGGGAUCUGUGGCCAAGAUGGACGGCAGGCUCAGUCGCGGCGAUCAAAUCCUGGAAGCUGACUCUGUGAGCCUUAGGCAUGCUGCGCUUAGCGAGGCAUACGCUAUACUAAGCGAGUGCGGCCCGGGACCAGUAAGCCUUAUUAUCAGCCGGCACCCAAAUCCAAAGGUUUCAGAGCAAGAGAUGGACGAAGCCAUCGCCCGUACGACGCACCGUGAUAGCAAGGACUCCCUUCAUUCUAUGGGUUUCCAUUUGAAGAGUCCUUCUCCUGCCUGCAAACCCAAACAUGGAGACGGUUCAACAUCCCUCAGCUGGACAAUGAAACGCUUCCUGGAACCUGCCAGUCGGCAGGGCUCUGUGAGCUCAGAAGCGGAGCUGUCCCAGUAUUUCUCUCAGGAUGCCCCCAGUCACUCGUCCUUCUCCGACACCGUGGCCACCGGCUCCAGUGAUGAGGAACAGCUGCGGCCGGCCAGUGGGAGCAACUCUCUGGAUGACAACACGGCUCCUCUGAGUGCUGCAAAUGCUAAGGAAUGUGGAACAAAGGCCAAGAGCUUUAUUCCAGCCUCCCACAGAAAUGGAAAUAUUCCGGGUCCUUGCAACAAGCACACUGUCGGCACCAGACCGUCCAGUCUGAAAAGCAGCCCCCAGUCAAUACGCAGUCCUCUCUUGCGCCAGCGUCGCAUUGUGUGCUAUGAAGAUGAGGAUGGCAGUGAGGAGGAUGACAUGAGUAGGAAAGAGGAAGGCAACUACAAAGAUCCUUUAAAGAAAAUUGCAGAUGAGGAUUCCGGAAUUGUCAUGUCAACUUCGUCCCUGGAUGUCGAUGAGGAAAUAAAGGACAAUAACCUUCCUGUGAAAUGUGCCAGUGAGGCCGGAACCUCUCUCUGUGGCAGCUCGGUGGAAUCUGAAGACAGUUCCGUGGAGCACAUGGUGGAUUCUCCUUUCUUUGCCAUCAAAUGUUUUGAUUACUCUGCCAAGGCCGACGCUCGCCCCUGCACUUUGGCACUCAAAGAACCCACAGAAGGGCCGGCGGAAAGCAAGAGGUCUCCGAAACUGGAGCACAAAGCUAUCACUCGAGUUAAAAGCAUGAUGAGCACUGAAUACCCCAACUCUCCAAAACCCAAAGCAGAGGAGAGCUGCCCCCCAGCGAAGCCAACAAAGCCUCUUCUAUUGGUCAAAAAGGCUGAAGGCUCAGAGCAUUCUGGGAAAUGCAUCACUGACACCGUUCAACUGUUCUGCAGCGAGUACGAGUCCGUGGGGCUGGACCUGGAGAUUAAAGAAAGUCCUUCAUCUGUUAUAAUAACUGGAUUACGGCCGGGCAGAGACGCAGAAAAGGACUGUAUGGGAAAGUUAGCAGCUGGCGAUGAGAUUAUAUCGAUUAAUGGCGUUCGAGUGAGCGAGUUGUCGUACCAACAGACCUGUGAUUUUAUCCAGUGCCUGCCUUCAUCCGUUACUCUGGAAGUCCGGAAGCCAGUGUCAGCUGUUGAUAGACUGUCACACAUCAUUAUGGCCUCAGGCCAGCAGAGACCUGUUGACCAAGAGGAAAUCCUUAGACAGAAUGGCCAAGAAAACAGCCAAUGUGAAGGGACCCAACACACAAUGGAUGGCUUUACUCCAGCCAGAGUGACUAUUGAAGCAGAAAGUGCACUGAUAAACCAGGGCUUUGAAGCAGGGGACUGCUGUGAAAGUACUAUCACUAAUAUUGAUGAUUUUAUUAAUGAGCUUAAUUUUUCUGGAACACCUUCAUGUGACCUUGCAAAAGAGGACAUGGAGGCUUGUGUGGCCUCAGAACACCAAGGGAACUGUGAGGGCACAAAAACAGAAGAAACUGACACUGAGUUGUGUAGUAGCAUUACAAAUUUUGAUGAAAGCACAAGCCAGUCAGAGAACAUUUUGCCAUUUUCUGUUUUGGAGUCCCUUUCUACAGAUAAAAAAUUUGCUGUGGACAAAAGUUGCUUGAGUAGUUAUUCCCGCAAUUUUAACAGCUUGACGGAGGAGGAUUUCUCCUUGUCAGACCGAAUUUUAAGCAGUUCGCUCGACCUGCCGGUCUCUAUGUAUGGAACAGCAGAGGAUUCUGACACUGAGUCAUUCCUUGAUUCUACAAGUGACCUGAUCUCCUCCCUUCAGAACCAGUCUUGCAUCUCGGAAAUACAAACUGCUACAGAUUCGGAGGAGGAACAAAUUGAAAUUUGCUGUGCUCUUCAGAAAGGAGACAGUGGGACGCAUCAGUUCUAUGAUGUGCACCAGAUGUGCCCAGUAGCAACCUUAAGUAAAACACCUAAAGAUUUGCCAGAUGAGAGCGAUACUUCAGGUGGGAAGGCUCUCACAGGUUUUGGACAUUGUCCUACUUUAGUAGAUCAGGUAACUGUGGAAAACCUAGUAGAUAUGGGUCAUUUAGGCGCUUCACCUGCCAUGUUUUUGUUAAACAAUGAAUCUCAGGAAUUAAGUUGCUGCAGUGAAAUACGUUUAGCCAACCACAGUGCCUUACAAAUUCAAGAUCCCAUGACAUUACAAGUAAAUGACAAUUCUACUGAUGUUCAUAACUUGGGACUGGUGCCACUCUCCGUAGAUGAUGUCGAUUUCUGCCCAUUGGAUCGUUUGGACAAUGGAGAAAUGAUGUCAUCAGUUGAAGAAUCCAUAAACAGUCACAUCAUCACAUCAUGUGCUAUUCAGGAUCCGAGCAAAGAUGAGAAAUGCAUUACUAAAAGCGUAGAAGCUAGCUGUGCCAAUAGAACUGAAGGUCCCAUUAAAAUGUCUACUGUUUCUACAUCUAAUGUCAAAAGCACCCAGGUAAAAAGGGAAACCUUGCCAGAGAUAAAUGAUAUUAAAUCCCCUGCCACCAGAAACUGUACUCUAGAUAAGUUUAAGUCAAAUGUUCCCUUGUCAAAGCUUCACAGUGACACUAAAACAACAUUAAAAAGUAGCCUUCAAAUAUUAAGCACUCAGGUAUCCAAACCAGGACCCAAACUAAAAGGUCUUAGUAUCAAAAGUAAAAAUAAAGAACAGGCUAAAAAUUACCCUGCAAAAGCUGAAAAACUCUCACCGCAGGCUUCACCGAAACUUCUGACAAAAAGAGCUUCUAUGACUGACGGCUCCACCUCGGCAAGAGACCGCACAGUUCGAAGUCCUGUUAUUACAAAGAAACUAGAGCAUGAGCAAAAACACAAACCCCUGUGCUCUGUACAGGGAGAUAACUCAAAAGCAAGUGCCAACCUCAGUGCCAAUAGAAUUACAUGUAGUGGUAAGAAUGAUAAAAUGAGCAGAAUAACUGGAAAAGGCCCAAAUGACCAUGGCAAGGGUGAAGGAUUCUCUAUAAGGGUAGGUAAAGCAGACAUGGAGGUUUCUACAGAAACCAGAGAAAAAUUUGCUUCCAAAAAGGCCCCUAACAAAACUGUUACCUGCACAGACCGUGGCACCCAGGAACAUAUAGACCAUCUAAUGGUCGAGAGUAAUCUUCAGAAAAUGUCAGCUCAAGGACUGGAAACCCAUGAUAUUCGAAGGACGUUUAUUGAAGUAAAGUUGUCCUCAGCACUUCCACACACAAUGACUUCUGCCCCUCGAGGAAAGGAUUGCACUAAUAAAGCAAACAUUUUGACCAAUGACCAUUUUGCCAACGUAUACGUGUCUCCUACGAUCCAUGAAAAGUCUGUGGUGUGUAAACCAGUCACUAGAACAUAUUCUAUGCCAGCGCACCUUCCAAUCUUCAUGAAUCAUGAGGAAACACAGACAAAGGGAAGGUCUCCAAAUCAUUGCCUCAUUUCUCAGGGCUCAGUGGAAUGUGUCUUUGAAAAAUAUCUCCACGCAGCAAAUAAUAGUCCAGCGGGUGCACAGAAUCAACAUCUAAAAGCCAAGCUGAUGACCCAAGAUGGUCAUGGGUCCACUGAAAAAUAUGUUUCUCACAGUGAAAUCAUGAGAACUAUUAGAAGAAACUAUUACUAUGAACUAAACUGGUCCCAUGACCCCAUAUCUUCUUUCACAGUGAAGCAAAGGAUUAAAUCGUUUGAAAAUCUAGCACAUUUUGAUAAAACGGUCAUGAAGGUCAUAGAUAUGAACCAUACCCCCUUUGGUUCCAAACCACCCAUAUGCAGGCGAUCUUCUGGUUCAGUGCCGUCAGAAGGAAGCCUCCAUGAAGCCUCCAGGUUAUUGAGGCGAAGUUUAAGUUCAUGUGAUAGCCAGAGUGAAGUGACCUUAGGAGCAGACCUUAUCAAAACGACCCCUUCAAGCGUGGCCUUAGCAGUCAUUGAAAAGAUUGCUGAUGAUAGCAUAGCACAGCCCCCUGUAAACCAGGAGAACAGAACUGAGAAAAUAGAGAGCUCUCCGCCAACAACGCAGUUAAGAAAAAACAAAACAUCUUCAAGCCACAUCAGACCAUCCCUGUCUCGCUCUAAGAUACGAGAACUAAGAGCAUUGAGCAUGCCAGACCUGGAUAAAUUGUGCACCGAUGAUUUUACAGUUGAACCCAAGGCACCGCAGUUCAAAACAGAACUUGAGAUUAUUCCUGCACGGUUAGGUGACUCUGAAAGCUUACUCAGGCAGAAUAUGGCACCUGCAGCAUCAAACCUUUCUAACAACGGUCUCAUGAGUUCUAAUGUAUCAUCAACAGACCUGGAUGAAAGUAGACCACAUGGAACAAUUUCCCGGAAAUCAUGGGCAAUAAGCAUGGAUCAACUCAUGGUCUCGACCCAGGAUCAGCAGCACCUGCAAUCUGUUUUGACUUCAGUAUCCUCCAGAUCGGAUAUCAUAAGUCUGAUUCAAGAAAUAAAGUCGCAAACCGAGAGGAAGGAAGACGUCUAUUUUGUGGUUCUGAAUAAGGAAGAAGGAGCCGGCCUGGGGUUCAGCAUUGCAGGAGGGACAGACUUGGAACAGAAAUCAGUUACUGUGCACCGAGUAUUUGCCAAGGCUGUGGCUUCCCAAGAAGCAAUGACUGAGAAGGGAGACCGCAUCUUGUCUAUCAACGGCUGCUCCUUACAAGGUGCCACUCAUGGGUACGCACUGAAUGUCCUGCACAGGGCAAAGCUGCACAGACAAGCAGUGGUGGUGAUAAAGAAAGAACGGAAUGGGGAGAGGCUUUCCAGGCCAGACACUGCUGCUUCUAGAGGAAGACAUACAACAUCUGGAAAGGAUGUGCCUAUGACGAAGUUAGCAGGGGACAGUGUGGAUCUGACAGAUACAAUGAUUGUGGAACUGCGGAAAACCUCUGCCGGCCUGGGAUUCAGCCUGGAUGGAGGAAAGGCCUCUAUAUAUGGAGACAGACCUCUCUUCAUCAAGCGCAUAUUUCAAGGGGGCGCUGCUGAGCAAUCUGGAGAAAUCCAAGCGGGCGAUGAAAUUAUUUGCAUUGGCGGAAAGUACUUGACAGGCCUGAUGCACUACGACGCCUGGAAUAUCAUCAAAGCCGUCCCCGAGGGCCCCGUACAAUUACUGAUCAGAAAGCACAGGACUGCUGUUUAAUCGCAAUGCACUUUCUAUAGCACCUGGAAUCAUUGAGAUGUUAGGGCCACAUAUCUAUACAAAGUGUUGGGGCAUUCCAUAUUACCCCCUGCUGAGCAACAGCACCCCUAGAGGUCAUGGACAGACAGUGUGAACAUUAAUCGAUCAUUUCCUUAUGACAAAAUAAGUCUCAGUAUUGACUUCUCUUAUAUCAGUCCCGGGAUCUGCAACUUUUCAGCAACAAACCAGACCCAGACCACUUUACCCUACAGAGAAUUAAUGGCAGUGAGUUCUGUCAGGUGACAGCUGGGUGGUGCCCCCUACAGUGUGCUUAUAGAAUUGUCUCUAACUGGCAAACCCGCCUGAGCUGCUGCAUUCAGGAAUCCUUCAACUGACAAUCUAAUCGCCGGAGUUGCCAUGCAGCGACCAUACCGUUAUCAUGGAGAAUCCCACCUCUGUACCAACCACUGCCAGUUGCAUUUGUUCAGGAUGAUCUUCUGUUUAUUCCAUUGGCUUUCUGAUAUUUUAUUGUGUUCUGAGAACCUCUGUCUGCAUGCUACCAGUUCCUGAUGGGUCCAUUUGUCCCAAAGCAGCUUUCCCCCAGCAUGAAGGAAUGGAGUUACCUGUGCCAAAUUAACUGUCCAAUACAUACCCGGAUGCUGUUACUAUUUCUUCUUAUGGGACUCUUGUGCUCUGGUUUACAUUGUAAUUAGGUUUGUGUGCAGCACAUCUAUUGUCAGCAGCAGGGCUGUCCAACUGGAGGCUUAUGGGUCAGAUAUUUUUUAUGGCCUCCAGACUUGUCCAAUAACCUCUUUGGACUAUCGUUUCACAAUAAUCUGGAGGUUACAUCAUAGUGAAUAAUUGCCCCAGAAUUGACAAUAUGUAUUUCCACAAAGGCACCGGCAGACAUUUAAUUUCCAAAAUAAUCUGCAGGGUCUCCCCUGUGGGUCCCUGUACCAAAGAGUGAUGUCACUAGGAGAAGGCAAAUCUGAGAUCAGAUUCCCUCAUUGGGCCUAGUAGGUGUGGAGGUCACAAUAGAGAAGCUGCUGUUGGGUCAUUCUCUGUAGUAACCAGUCACUGCAACUUCCUUCCAGAAUCUCAUGAAACAGUUUGUAAGGACAUAGGCCUCCAGCUCUUUAGCUGUUGUUAAACUACAACUUCUAGAAACCCCUGAGUCCCUCAGACAGCUGGUGGGUCCAGGUUGCAUCAAUGACGACUGGUUGGGCAGCACCAGUAUAAGUGUUAUAGUCACCAUCCUGCCCAGUUAUACCAGUUAUACGGAACUCUUGCCCCCUACUAUGUAAGGGUCCCUGGUUCUGAACCCUAGUUGAACCCCCUACUGUCACCACAUACAUUAAUUGAGGGGGGCACUAGAUAAUAUCCGCCACUAUCCUAUUCCUUUGGAUGGGAAGGAAACAAUAUAUUUAAAGUUGUAGUACUUUAUUUUCUCUAAUACUAGAGUACUUAGAGUGAAUCUAUUCCAGGAGAAAUGACUGAAUUAUAUAUAAAUGUAAAGUUUUAUAUUUAUACUAGUAGCUGAAAGAUUCAAGUAAUCAGUGAGUAUCUUAUGCCGCCAUUGCCAUACUAGGAUGUGGUUCUUUGGAGUAACUGCCUUAAUGACGUGUGUAGUGCACAUCUUGUUUGCAGACCAAAGUAAAUACAUAGGGAAUCUAUUAGGCUGCUGUGUAGCAACUGGUGCUGAUUUUACACAGGCAAAUUAAAAAUGCAGAAAAAAUAAAAGCCCUAUCACAGUAAUGAUCCAGGCCUUCAAAGUUGUUCAGAGCUUCUCCCCAUCUUGGGUCUUUUUAGGCAUCUUUUGAGUGUCAGUGGCACUGCACAUGCUCAGUGUGCUCUGGGCUGCUGUUAAGAAGCUAAACUUAGGGGUCAUCAGAAAUGAUCAAACUGUGAAAUUACCUUGUCAUAGAAGCAGAUGCUACAGGGCUGGUUAUUUAUAAAUUUCUGAUGGAGACUGCACUGGUUUCUGGGCUGCCGUAAUGUGACUCUAAAUGAAUAGCUAAAUAUAUACAGUAUAUUGUAGGGAUGCACCGAAUCCAGGAUUCGGUUCGGGUUGCGGGCUCUUUCAGCAGGAUUCAGAUUUGGUUGAAUCCUUCUGCCAGGCCAAACUGAAUCCU